CUCCUGGUCCCGCGGGCGUUCAGCAGCUCCUCCAUCAAACCGCCUCAGAGCCGCUCGGAACAAGGCUGCUGAUUGGCCAAGGUUUGGCUUGGUGCUCGGGGAUUGGCUGGGAGCUGGUGCGCUGUAAUUGGCCGGGGCUUUGGCGGGCUCUUUGUGGCGGGAAAUUACAGAGAGUUCCCUCCGGCCGUGCGUCCGAGUGAGAGCGCGCGAGCGUGAGCGCGCGGCCCCUGCUCCCUCAGACUCGGCCCCGGCCCCGGCCCCGCUCCCGCUCCCGCCGUCAGCCCCCGGCCCGAGUCUCUCUCUCACACUCACUGUCUGUCCGUGUCUGUCUCUCGCCGGGACCAUGCCGUGGUCUGAAGCCUCCAGCCCCGCGGUGUCUCCGGCCAAGCGGCCCCGGGACGACGGCGUCCUGCGGCUCCGGUUCGCGAGGCUCAGCGACAACGCGCGGCCCCCGAGCCGGGGCUCGGAGCGAGCGGCGGGAUUCGACCUUUACAGCGCCUAUGACUGUGUGGUCCCUGCUCGGGGUAAGGCGGUUGUGAAGACUGAUAUACAGAUUGCGGUUCCUCACGGGUUCUACGGCAGAGUGGCUCCAAGAUCUGGUUUGGCAGCAAAACAUUUCAUUGAUGUUGGAGCUGGUGUUAUUGAUGAGGAUUACAGAGGAAAUGUUGGUGUAGUUCUCUUCAACUUUGGAAAGGAAGACUUUGAGGUUAAAAAGGGCGACAGAAUAGCUCAACUGAUUUGUGAACGCAUCUGCUAUCCAGAACUUGAGGAGUUGAAGAGUCUAGAUGAAACUGAACGCGGUGCAGGUGGUUUUGGCUCUACUGGUACAAACUGAACGUGAUGUUCUGCCAAACCAUUUCAGACACUGCCUAAUGUCUCUUUGGAGAAUGUUACAAGCUGUGGAUUCUUCAGGAAACAGCAAAUUGAGAAAUGUAUAGUGAACGUCUUUCAUGCUUUGUGGGUAAAACAGAAUGGGAAUCUAUCCUAAUGUAAAACUGCUUUCAUCUAGGCAAUUUCAAGAGCCUGAUCUCGGUAGUGACUGUAAGACGACUUCUAGUUAUGGAUUCAAGCAGUUGGGUGUUUUUUAUAACAAUAAAACUUUUUGACAUUA